UGCUUGGCGUAUUAGUUUUUUGCGAGUAAUACAACUGGCCAGAUGUCGAAAGUGGGAAUAGUGACUUUUCUACUGAUGCAAGUCCUAAUCAGCUGGGGCAAACCUUUGCCCGCAGGGGUCUACGACCCGGAAGAGGCUGGUGGCUUUGUGCAAGGCGACAUGAUGUUAACGCCGGAUCAGAAAAAUAAUCUCGCAUUUGGCCCCAAGGCCAGGAAUGGCGUCAUAAAUCCUGAGAAGCGGUGGCCUCAGAACUUGGUGGUCUACAGAAUUUCCGAUGACUUCGAUAAUUCGCACAAAAAAGCCAUCGAGACUGCCAUUGAAACGUUGAAGCAAAACACCUGCAUCAAAUUUCGAGAGGCCACUGACGCGGACACAGCGUAUCUAACGGUUACUGCAAAUCCAGGAGGUUGCUACACUGCAGUUGGUUACCGGGGAGCGCCGCAGGAAAUGAACCUUGAAGUAUAUCCACUGGGAGAAGGAUGCUUUAGGCCAGGAACUAUUCUGCACGAAUUCAUGCAUGCCCUGGGAUUCUACCAUCAGCAAAGUUCAGCCAUUCGGGACGGAUUCGUAAAUGUGGUCUACGACAACAUCGUGCCCGGCAAGGAGUUUAACUUUGAAAAGUAUUCGGACUCAGUGGUCACAGACUUUGAUCUGGGGUACGACUACGACAGCUGCCUACACUACAGACCGGGUGCCUUCUCCAUCAACGGCGAGGACACUAUAGUUCCUCUGGACUCCAGUGCUCAAAUUGGGCAACGCUUGGGUCUUAGUUCCAAGGACAUAGACAAAAUCAACAUCAUGUACAAGUGUCCUAUUUUGGUAUGAUCCGCAAUAGAUUGGCUUUCUUUACCUGUGAUAUGUUCCAAUUGUAUACAUAUAUACAUUUUCACCGACUGGAGCGAUUAGAUCGGUUUUAUAGAUCCACGCUGUCAUUGUCGGUGGUGCAUGUUCUAUAUUUAUCAAAGCGUAAAUUAAAGCAACUUACUUUUUUA